AUGUACUUUCAAGCUCAACCAAUGAUGACCACUGUCGUUCAAUUCCAAGCCCCUGUCGUUAUGCAGGGUAUGUGGUAUUACAACCUCUAUGCUCAAUUACAACAACAACAACUCAUGGAAAUGAAUGCUUGGUUCAUUUCUAUGGAUAGAGAUAGAUCUGGAACAAUCAGCAGUCACGAACUCCAAUAUCUUGUGAUCGGUGGAACUCCACUCGGUAUCGAUACUGCCAACAAGUUGAUUAGAUGUUUCGACAGAAAUAGAAAUGGUCAAAUCGAUUUCUACGAGUAUGCCGCUCUCCAUGCUUUCAUCAACCACCUCUAUAGAUGUUUCGCUGCCAACGACAGAAAUUUCUCUGGAACUAUUGAUGUUCGUGAAAUCUACUCUGCUUUGGCCUCUGCAGGAUUCAGCUUACCAUUCCAAACAGUCAAUCUCUACUUUAUGAAAUACUCACCAACAGGAGCACCACUCCUAUUCACACAAUACUUGAAUUUGUGUGCCUCUGUUGCUUUGACCCGUUCAUUGUUUGAAUGGUCCGACCCAAUGAGAACUGGUAUGAUCCACAUCACUCUCCAACAACUCUUUGACAUGUUUGCCUUGGCUUAA